GAGCUGCGGACCUCUACGGAAGAUAAUAGAGGGCGCACCGACAUCAUGGCGGUAGAAACCAGGAAAACAGUCAAGUCAGUCUGUUCGCGACAUUAUUCCAACAAAAUGACGAACUUCUCGACAUUUCUAAGGACUGCAAUGCUAUAUCUGAUACUUCGCACGUCGUUUGUGCACUGCGAUAUAACAGACGGGAAUCAAGAACACCUGAAGAGAGAACAUUCCCUCAUGAAACCUUACCACGGCGUCGGCAGCUCGUCGUCCAGCCAAUGGGAUUUCUGGGGCAGCACUUUAGUGACGAGUUCGUACGUGCGGUUGACUCCUGAUGACCGAAGCAAGCAGGGCUCCAUCUGGAACACUGUGCCGGUUCAUCUGAAGGACUGGGAGAUGCAUGUACAGUACAAGAUCCACGGGUCGGGAAAGAAGAAUCUCCAUGGUGAUGGUAUCGCCAUCUGGUAUACUAAGGAGAGACUGCACCCAGGCCCUGUGUUUGGGAACCAGGACCAUUUUGUUGGCCUGGCUAUUUUUUUGGAUACCUUCCGCAAUGACCUCCAUGGGAUGGAUCGGACCUUCCCCUACAUCUCGGCCAUGGUGAGCAACGGUAGCGUGGGCUACGACCACGGCAAAGAUGGGCGCUCUGCGGAGCUGGGAGGCUGCCCUGCUGAGAUCAGGAACAAAGACCAUGAAACCUAUCUGGCCAUUCGCUACUCCAAGGGCCGGCUCACGGUCAUGGUGGAUGUGGAGGAUAAGAACGAGUGGAAGGAGUGCAUCGACAUCGGAGGAGUCAGUCUGCCCACCGGCUAUUACUUCGGAGCGUCGGCUGCCACGGGAGACCUGUCCGACAACCACGACAUCAUCUCCAUGAAGAUGUACCAGCUGAUGGUGGAGCACACGGCCGAGGAAGAGAGCCAGGACUGGACCAAGAUCGAGCCCAGCGUCAACCUGCUCAAGUCCCCCAAAGACAACAUCGACGAUCCCACCGGAAACUUCCGAGGCACGGCUCUCACAGGCUGGAAAGUCUUCCUGCUUCUUCUGUGCUCCCUGCUGGGAAUUGUAGUCUGUGCUGUGGUGGGAGCUGUAGUUUUCCAAAAGAGACAAGAAAGAAACAAGCGAUUCUACUAAAGGAGAGCAAGGGGAAGAGUGGGGCCUUUUCAGAGAGGUUUAAUUUGUGAAUUUGAACUCUUUGCCGACAUCAGAUUCAACGCUUUUAAUGUGAUGGUCUUUUGUGAAAAUUGUACAAAUGUUUAUAUUGUUGCAGCACUGCGCUGAGAGCAGGUCAUGCUCACUUCUGGUCUGAGAGAAUGGGAGUCAGUGAGAAGCUUGAUUAGAUGAACAGAGCUGUCGGCCUCCACAUGACCGGUGACACCAUCUUUUUUUGGGUUUGCAUCUUGAUUGUUUUUUGGGUUUGGUUUCUCUUAUUGGGAUGUUGUCUGAAAGCAUAAGUCGCUGCCACUUAAUGACUCUUUUAGAUUUUUUCUUUUU